ACCAACUCUGCGAUUCCUGCUCCUCGCCCGGUGAAGAGGGUGUACCCACCGUUCCGUGAGAACAUGGCCAGAAGGAUCGCCGAAUUCAGGGCCAAACGAGACGUAAGUGUCUACAAGGAGUAUUAUGGAGAUGACUGGGAGGAAGAGAAGCACGAUGAGAAGUACGCGUAUGCGCACGUGUAUGAGGAGAAGGUCGUUGAGAAGAGUAGAUAUGAGUACGAGGUGUUCGAGGCGGACGAUGAGGAGGAGGAGGACGUCGAGGAUGUCGAGGAGCCUGUCGAGAAGCCAGUUCCCAUAGAGGGAUCUGCUCCGACCGAUGAUGUCGCGCUCGAGGAGGUGCAAGAGGACGACGAGCCUGUUUCCGACGAGCCGCUGAAAACCCAGGCAGAGUGGCACGCCCUCUUUCACGAGGCUCUUGCUUGCAUCGCGACGGAGAAGAAUGCGGAACUUUGGCUCGAGCCGGGCCAACCCAGAAAAUUCAUUUGUGCCAGAGGGAAUAAUGCGGAGAAAUUGAGCUCGGAAGAUAUCCAGGCCGAAGUUUUCUACAAAACCCUCUACACGAACUUGAAAAUCGUAGAGGAUGCACGGAAAAAUUAUGACCCCGCCGAUGAGGAUCAGGACUCGGACUGAAGUCGAUUCUUUC